AGUUACCUCUACACCUGUACACGGAUCAAGUGCGAAGGAACUCUCUUUUGCAUUUUGGAAGGGAACUUCGGAAGUAUGGGAUAGAGUUGUGCUAGUAGAUUGAGAGGAAUUGAAAUAUUCUGAUAAUUGCACAGAGUUUUAGAUAAAUUGUGUAUCUCAAGAGUGCUUCCGUGUUGGACUUGCCACAGAAAAAGCAAAUGGGAAGACUCACUAUCCUAGUGACGCUGCUGGUUUUCCUGACAACAGAGCUGGAGUCUAUCCAGGUGAUAGUACCAGAGACAGAAAGGAGCACAGCUCUGUUUGCUUCAGUCAUUCUGCGUUGCGAUUAUUCAACCUCUGCCAGCUCCCAAGAUGUCUUGGUUACAUGGCGUUAUAAGUCCUUCUGCAUGGACCCAGUGCUGGAGUACUACUCAACAGCCUACCAAGCUGCCCUUUCUUUGGGCCAGGACCCAUCCAACGACUGUCCAGAUCGUCAGCGGACAGUUCGCACAGUGAUUCAAAAAAGAGGCAUCAAUGAGCCUAUUUUGGGUGCAGAAUAUCGCAAUCGCAAGAUCACCAUCCAGAACAAGGCAGAUCUUGUCAUUACUGAGGUCAUGUGGUGGGAUAAUGGCGUGUACUUCUGCUCCAUCGAUGCCCCGGGAGACACGGUGGGGGACUCGGAUCGGGAGAUAAAGCUCAUUGUCUACCAUUGGUUGACAGUCUUGUUCAUCAUCAUUGGUGCUAUCCUCCUGUUGAUGUUGUGCUGCAUCUGUUGCUGUCAGUGCUGCCCUCAGAAAUGCUGUUGCUAUGUCCGCUGUCCCUGCUGUCCACGUACCUGCUGCUGCCCUGAGAAAGCGGUGAUGCAGCACAGGAUGAUGAAGGAUGCUAAGAAAGCUAUGGCUCCUUGGCUCUACGGCCAGCCUGUCUAUGCCCCCAUUAGCUCCAAUGCCUCUCAGGGAAACCCUCUGCUGUACGCAGGAACUGUAUCUGAAUACCCCACCAAACAGAACAUCCCAAUGGCCCCAAUGGCCCUCCCUCCUCCCCAGGCUGCCCCACCCGUCAUGUACCACGGAGUCCAUUCCAAUGGCAGUAGACAGAGCAGUAUGCGUAGCAACAUGCAAGGCACCAAUCAAAUGCUAGAUUUUCUGGAGAGUCAGGUGAGAGGUAUGGAUGUCGGAGCUCCAGUCCUCCAACCUCAGCCAGUACCAUCUCAAUACAUGGCAGCUCCUCUCCAGAGUGUUCCUCCUCAGCAUAUGACGCUUCCAGCCCAGCCUGUCUCUCAGGCUGUGCCCUUCUCUGCUGGACCGCCCAGCAUGCUCUCUGCUCUGGAUGAGAUGGGUGUUCAGGGUGUGGAGCGCAGGGUCAUCCAGCUGCCCCCCAUUGUCGGUCGGGGCCUGAGUCUUAACUCACGUAGGGGCACUGGAAGGUCCCGUGGGGGACCCCACCGGUCCAGUCAGUCCAGCGGCAGCUCCAACCGCACGGGUCGUUACCGUGACAACAGCCGGCGAGAACCCAGGCGUGGGAUCCUGCGCAGUUACAGCGAUGAGUCUGACUGGGAGGACAGGCAUAGAGAAAGAAGCUCCUCAGGGCGCAGGGGAGGCUCAGGUGCAGAGCGCGGCAGGCCGCUUGCCCGGAGUAAAGAUGAGCUCUUAGAGGAGCUGGAGCGUUACGUCCCACGGAGGGACAGGAGCUAUUCACCUCCACGCCACAGGGGGUCUUGGGGCUCAGAUGAAGAGUACAGCGACAGAGGGGGUGCACAAUCACAAAGGAGAGAUUGGCCUGAGAAACCACCCAGCUACUUUUCAAUCGACCUUAAGCCCGGACCCAUCAGGAGGGGUAACGACCGAUACUCGGAUAAGAGCUCCCGUAGCGGUACCAGUGUUGUAAUCUGAUGCCUCACCUCCCUUGACCUCUGCUCUCAGUCACAUCGAUAAUCAUCACUGUCCCGUUUCCGUUUAUUUCACUUUGAUUUGCCCAUUAAUAUUUUAGAUAAAAACUGAUUGACAGUGGUGCACAAUAGAGAGUAAAUGGGAAUGUUCACCCUUGUUAACAUAUGGGCCAAUUUUGUCCAAUAACCUCCUUGUAAUUAUGUAGCUGGCACAGUGUUUAUUUGUUAAAUGUUAUAUCAGUAUACUGAUAUUUACCAAUGUGUUUUGUUGAUUGCAUUAUAACCUGUCUUAAAUUCAGAAUUAAAAGGCAGCAGAUAAGGGUUAUAAUGAGCACAUCUGUCAAAACAGUGAACUUCCCCCUUAAGCAAAACUUUACACGAAUGAAGUAAUGUUCAGUAGUACCUCUCUGUCUUUUUUUGUUGAGCCUGAAGGUCUAAACUUUCAGACUUGUAAUCUCUCGUGAAAUUGUAUUUUGUUGUUUAUUUGAAAGAGUGUUUUUCCUUUGUCUUCUCCAUUUGUGAAUGCUGUCUUUUCAAGACCACAGAUACAGACAAAACCAUUGACUAGACAGUCUUCUUAACGUAUGGGUCCUGAUACAUCUGUUUACUUAUUUACUGUUUGUUGUUUAUGUUGGUGUAUGGUGCUGGGUUAAUAAUUUUUGAUUUUGUGAAACAUUUGUGUGUAUCCUGUAGAUGUCGGACUUGUUUAUUUGUGUUUUAGUCUGUAGUGUAUGGUUACUCACCUUUCUGUAGUCUCUUGAUUUUGUGAAGUGUGUGUCUAUAUAAUCACUUUUUUAAAUGAUGAACCGAGUUCUAAACUCCUUCAGUUCUUUAGCUGACUGUUAGAGAGAAGGACAAACAUGCAGUAAAACUUAAGUUUUAAUUUCGGCUCUUGGGCAUAUCUUGCGUAGUGUGAAGGUAUGGUGAAAUCAUAUGAAGUAAUGCUCUUACUUGACUCUAUUUGACUAAGUGCACUGGUUUGAAUUUCCAGUUCAUGUGAAGUCAAAAGUGUGUUUUUAUAUGUAUGUUUUUUUAUCCUUUCAUGAAGACUAGAAAAAAAUGCUAUGGAAGAACAGUUUAUGGAAUACUCAAUAAAAUACAUUAUAUAACUAGGCUUA